AUGAAGCUACUUCCCGGCAUUAUUGCUUGCCUCAUAGCUUUGCCUUUGGCUUUCGCCACCCUAGACAAUGAGGCCUCAGCAAUCAUCAGCACUUUGCCCACUUGUGCAGCGAAAUGUCUAGUCACAAAUGUCUUGGCUUCAACUUGUGACCUCGACGAUUAUCAUUGCACAUGCGAAAACGAACCCCUCCAACACGAACUCGAGAAAUGCAUUUUGGCAAGUUGUACUAUCAAAGAAGCAUUGUUCACGAAAAACGCUACCUCGGUACUAUGCGGCGCCCCCGUUCGAGACGUUCAACCCAGCUUUAAACGCAUCAACGACGUAAUGGGAAUAAUGUCAGGAAUAUUCGUCAUCUUACGCUUCGGCACCAAGAUCAUGUAUCGAGUUCCUAUGGGCCUGGAUGACCUCUUCAUAAUGAUCACAAUGAUCCUUUCCGGCUUUUGCAUGUGUAUCAACGCUUUCGGAGCUGCCCCGUCAGGUAUCGGUACCGACAUCUGGACCCUCACUCCCCAGCAGAUAACGGAUUUUGCCCGUUGGUUUUGGACCCUUGUCCUCACUUACUUUAUACUGCAGACAACGAUGAAACUAAGCUUGCUCUUCUUUUUUCUUCGCAUCUUCCCAAGCAGGGGUGUACGCAAGCUUCUCUGGGCAGCUGUCGUUUUCAUUUCUCUCAAUGGGACAAUAUUUGCCCUUGUUGCUGUCUUCCAAUGUCAGCCUAUCAGUCAUUUUUGGCAUAGUUGGGAUGGUGAACAUACGGGCAGAUGUGCGAGCGUUAAUGGCGUUGCCUGGUCUAAUGGUGCUGUUAAUAUUGCCUCAGACUUUUGGAUUCUUGGUAUUCCGCUUUCUCAAUUGUCCAAGUUAAACUUGGACUGGCGUAAGAAGGUCGGUGUUGGGAUGAUGUUUGGCGUCGGUACCUUUGUUACUGCUGUAAGCAUUUUCCGUCUGUACGCCUGUAUCGUGGCGGGAAUCAGCCAAACCAACAACAAAUCCUGGGAUUACCUCGCUAUGGCUCAAUGGUCAACCGUCGAGGUCAACGUUGGUAUAUGGUGUGCAUGCAUGCCCACAAUGCGUGUCCUUCUUAUGCGACUAUCGGGCCAGUCCAAGCGCUACAUCAGCUAUGGUAGCCACAAGAGUGGCCAAGACAGUAGCCGAGAAGACCCUAACAGACCUCGCACUAAAACGUAUCCCCUGGAGAGGGGAUCAGGUUCAAGUGCAAGUGCAACGGCUGUCAAGGGAUCGCGCGGAAGGAUGCAAUCAUCUGGGAUUACUUGCGAUACAAUCGUCGAGGUGGAAUUUGGUGCCCAUGAUGAUGAGACGCAUCUGGUGGAGAUGAAGAAAUUCGACCAUUCUAAGAGUGCCCUUACUUUGUCGCAGUCUGAGGAUUCAGUCUAG